AUUGGCUGCAAAACAAACAUAUUUAAAGAGUUUACUAUUUUGAAAUAUUACAACUUAGUGUGGUUUAAAAAACUUGGCCAAGAUAUUCCCUAGCUAUUCCUGUCUAAACAUUUUAAAACUUAUUUAAUUAUUACUUAGUCUAUUGUGAACUAAUUCGGAUUUUUAAUUGAAUAUUCGCAAAGGAAGUUUUAAAAAUGUUCGAAUCUAAAUAUUAGACUGCCAAACGUGAGUAUUCCUAAUCGAAAACUUAUUAGAAGCUGUUGGCUUAUUUGGCUGCAAUUCUAUGGCAAUCCAACGUAAAAUGCUCUCCGUUUGUUGAGCUGCGAAAAGCUCCUGGACCCGGCAAAUGUUCCAGCCAUAUGGGCUGUAGAUCCUGACCGAUUCCCAGUGUUCCUCGUUGUCCGUUUUGUUUGCCUCCUUCUGUUCUCCGCCUUUUUUACUUUUGCUUUUCUGCACGCAGCUGCUGCGCAGGGAGGGAAGGGCACGGAAAUGUGAUUAAAGCCUUCCGUGGCGGUCGGAACUUAGGGGCUACCUUUGACGGCGCCGCCUCAGGAAAUUCCACUUAACUGGCCAUUAAAUAAGGUUCGAACAUAUAUCCAAUUUAUCCAAAUUUAUGGUUACAAUUGAUGGGUUCACUCUCGAAAAGUCAAUGAAGCGUUUGCGCAGACAGCGAACGCGAACACAAAAGAAAAUGCACGAUGUUGCUGCCACUGGCUGCAAACUUACACUUUUGCACGUUGAACGCGUUCGACUUGGGUUUCCCCAGUUGCUAGCACUUGCGGGAUGGCAAUUAAGUGCCAGGGCUGCACAGUCGCAAAACAGCGUUUUGGCAUUCUUUUGCCCGCUAAAUCGCCAGGGCUGCAAAGGUGGGCACGUUCAGCUAGCAAUAACAAAGAGUGAUUUUUCAUUAAAUUUUAUCGAUAGUUGUACUAAACUGUUUAACAUAGCAAAAGCCCAAUUUUAAUAGAAAUUCUUUUACUUUGUUUACCUAUGGUAAAAUAAGUC